UUGAAGUGAAAUGUUGUCAAACUUUGAAGUAUUAGUGAAGUAUUAAUUGUGACAAUUAGUGCCCAUUAGUGGCCAUUGUAUGACAUGUCCUCUCAAUUGGCUCACGAUUUGAAUGACAAUAAGUGGAGAUCAGAUGACAUCACAGUUACCGGCGAUGAAGAAAGUGAAGUGACGUUUAGUUCAUUGAAUUUGUCACCUAAUGUGGGGUCAGGUCUUCGGGCCAAUGGUUUCGUGCGUUUAUCUGCCAUUCAAUUACAUGCCAUACCUUUAGGUCGAUGUGGUGUUGAUCUGAUCCUACAGUCCAAGUCAGGCACCGGCAAGACUUGUGUCUUUGUGGUCAUAGCUCUGGAAUUGUUGGAAGCGUUUCAAUCGACAGCCAUUCAAGUUAUUGUGGUUUGUCCCACACGUGAGAUCGCUGUACAGACCAAUCAAGUGAUCAACUCAUUGGCCACACAUUCACCGCACGUGCGCUCCUGUCCUGUGAUCGGCGGCACUAAACUCAAGGAUGACGUGAAUGUAUUGUCCGGAUGUCAGGCAGUGGUCGGAACCCCCGGAAGAAUCAAACAAUUAAUUGAAUUAAAUGUUUUGAAAACUAAUUCAAUCCGUUUACUAGUUUUGGACGAAUGCGACAAACUUUUAGAUAAUAAUUUCAGACAACAAAUCGAUGACAUCUUUGGCUCUUUGCCACAAAACAAGCAGACAAUAGCCGUCAGCGCAACCAUGACCUCAGAGUUGGCGCACUUUCUCACUCAAUAUAUGCGGACUCCUGUCUUCGUUAGACUCAAUGCUGACAAUCCGGCGCUCAUAGGAGUGAAGCAGUUGUACACAAUCACUGAAUAUCAUCACUUGAAUCACAUUAACUUUGAUAACAAAAUCGAGCCCUUGAUUGAAAUUCUGGCCAAUGUCUCCUUCUCGCAGUGUCUCGUCUUUUCCAACUAUCAAACCAGGGCGAGAAUGCUUUGCGACAAAUUGAAUGCAUUGAAUUGGAAGACCACUUAUAUAAGUGCCGAGAAGUGUCAGUCAGAGAGACUCAAAGCCAUAUCUAAACUGCGAAAAUACAAGUGUCGGGUUUUGGUCUCAACAGAUCUGACCGCUCGUGGAAUAGAUGUACAAAAUGUGAAUUUAGUCAUUAAUAUGGACACACCGUUUGACGCGCAGACAUACCUUCAUCGAAUUGGUCGCGCCGGCAGAUUCGGCACCCGAGGAAUAGCUAUCACUAUUGCUAGCAAUGGUCGGGAAGCGGAACUCUUACACAACAUUAUUAAAGAUUGUAAACUGAAUGUCGAAAAACUCAAACAUCCAAUUCCUGAAGACAUUUGGAAAAUGGAUGAUUCAGACGAAGACUUUGCACUCAUUGAAAAAGCAGUCAAUUUAGAAAAAGUGAAUCAAGAUUUGCCCGAAGACUAUGAAGAAUAUAAUCCACUCGAAAGAUAUUCAACAAUACAAAUAGUGAUGGUUUGGAAGAAAAUGGCAAAUAUUUGUGUGAAGCGAAAGAAGAGGUUUGCGAUGAUCUGUUGA